AUGCCAACGAACAUCUACUAUUCGAUGACCCCAGCGUCUCCUUCGCUGGCCCACGAAAGUUUGUACCCGACGCCAGCAACAGCGACUUCGACGACGCCGACUAUAUUCUUCUACCAGCCGCCGGCUCAGUCCGUGUGUCACGCGACGUCGUCAAUCGCUCCGACCCGUUAUCUCCAUGGAGUUUACGCUACGGAAAUCUCUAUGUCGCCGAGAGCUUUGACUCAUCCUCCGACGGAACGUUACAUUGUCUCGGUGGACGCUCUAUAUGCACAGCCGAAGCAAUUUGGAUGCGGAAAUCGCUCGAACUCAAAAUCAGAAUGCACUGCUCACCGUGGUGGUGGACACAACCCGUUCAAGUGGCAUCCGUCAGAAUUCAAGAACUCGACAUGGCAAUGGCACGUGGAAUGA